UCUCAGCUGACAGCAGCAGCAGUAAACCAAACUGACCUUCUUCGCGGCCUCGUCGCUCGUCCUGGAGCCAGACGAGGACCUUGAAUGUUUUUCAGCAGCGGUAUUUGAUUUUCUGCGUUUGUUUUAUUGUACAGAGACAAAGCCAUGCCCACAACGCUGGAGGUUCCCUCACUGCAGGAGCUUAAAGUGGAAGAGAUCAAUGUAUCAUCUGCAGUGCUGAAAGCUGCUGCCCACCAUUAUGGCUCCCAGUGUGACAAACCCAACAAGGAGUUCAUGCUCUGCCGCUGGGAGGAGAAGGACCCCAGAAAGUGUCUAGAAGAAGGGAGGAAAGUCAACGAGUGUGCACUCAACUUUUUCAGGCAAAUCAAGGGAAACUGUGCCGAGUCCUUCACAGAGUACUGGACCUGUCUGGAUUAUUCGAACUUGGGGGAACUGCGCCAUUGCCGUAAGCAGCAGCAAACCUUCGACAACUGCGUCCUUGAUAAGCUGGGGUGGGAGAGACCUGAGCUGGGAGACCUGUCUAAGGUGACCAAAGUGUCGACCUCGCGGCCCCUCCCUGAGAACCCCUACCAUUCUAGACCACGUCCUGAGCCCAAUCCAGCCAUCGAGGGUAAACUGGAGCCUUCCAAACAUGGCAGCAAGUUAUUCUUCUGGAACUGGUGAGGCAGUUCCAGAAAGUCAGUCACCUUCCAAAGUCAUGGGCUUUGUCCAAAAACAGCUACUUGUGGCCAUUGAUACAGCAAUGAUACUUCAAAAGGUUUAAAUUUCUGCAGGUGCAGACAUGAGCAUUAAGGAUGCUGGGUUUGGCACCUUUAUCUGUGUAAGGUCUGAGGGUUGGUUUUGGACAUGGCUCAUGUCUCCUCAAGGAAGGAAGGAAGGAAGGAUGAAUGGUUGUGUGAACAUUAACCCAUACAGCUUUCCUGACCCCCUCUGUAAAUUUAAUGAGUGAACAAAUGCAACAUGCUGUUAUUGUUGUUGUCAAAUAAUAAAGAGAUAAAUUAUAA